CUGGCCGUCUCCCUCCUGGCCUCCUCAGUCCUCACGAGAGAAACGCAAGCGAGACAGCAGCAGAGCAGAGACGCUGCUACCGAGGCAGGUGUCACUGGCCGCCUAGCCGUGGCCGGGGCAGUGGCAUAUGCACUGAAAGAUCGAUUCACCACGAGAAGAGAACCACAUGUGGCCCGCAGGAGCGGAGCACCCGAUGGGCACGGGCCAGGGCCAGGGCCCCGCGGCGCCGUCGCCGGGGUCGAGCGCAUCGACGGCGUGGCAGUCGCCGGUGCCGUACUACCUAUUCGGCGGGCUGGCGGCUACGCUGGGGCUCAUCGCGCUGUCGCUCCUGGCGCUGGCCUGCUCCCACUGGAAGCUGUCCGUGUCCGGCGGCAGCCUGCUGCCGGCCGGCGGGCCGGACGACGACGGCGGCGGCCUGGAACGCCAGGAUGGCGGCGGGAAGGCCGCAGGGGAGCGUCGGCGGGAGCGCGUGCUGGUCAUCAUGGCCGGCGACGAGAUGCCGACGUUCCUGGCCACGCCGGCGCUGGGCCGGGGCCUGGACGACGCCCGUGGCGGCGUCGGCGGCGUGUGCGGCGAGGAUGGGAGGUGCGGGGCGAGGAGCUAGCUCUUGGCUGGCGGCCGACGACGCGCAGAGUGGUGGUAGCACUGGUAGCUCUGCGGUAAUCAGUGAGAGAUGAGGCCAUCUCUCCAGCAAGACGUCAGACGUGUACCUGGUCAUGCAAAUCACUGUUCAGAUUGUAGUUUGAAACAGUGGGUGAUUGAUUGUAGUUUGAACAAGGAGUGAGAUAGAAAGGCCGCUGAGCGUGAUUUCUUGCUUCUUUUGCUGUUGCUCAUUUUUUUUUUGUUUGUCGUGUGACUACUUUCAUCUAUUUUGCUAUAUAGUAGACUGGUUUUUUCUCUCUC